AGCGGAGAAGGAAAGGGGCGGAGGAGAGAGGGCUGCUGCGGGCGCCGUGCAGGGGGCAGCCGGGGCCCGAGGGGCUGACGGCCGGUCGGGGAGAAGCCGCUCGCGGCGGGCCGUUCUGGCUCCGGUGGCCUCACCAGGAAGCGUCAGAGUCUCGACACCGGGGAAGCUCCGAGCGCCGCCGCCGCCGCCGCCGCCGCCUCCCUCCCGGCACCGGGUCCCCGAGCCCCCGCCCCGGCUCCGGGCCAGCCCUCCGCCCUCCGGGACCCUCCGGCUCGGGCGCCUUCCCGGGCGAUGGCUGGCCGCUGAGCAUGGCUCAGUACGGCCACCCCAGCCCGCUCGGCAUGGCUGCGAGAGAGGAGCUGUACAGCAAAGUCACCCCGCGGAGGAACCGCCAGCAGCGCCCCGGCACCAUCAAGCAUGGAUCGGCGCUGGACGUGCUCCUGUCCAUGGGGUUCCCCAGAGCCCGCGCACAAAAAGCCUUGGCAUCCACAGGAGGAAGAAGUGUUCAGGCAGCAUGUGACUGGUUGUUCUCCCACGUCGGCGACCCCUUCCUGGAUGACCCCCUGCCCCGGGAGUACGUCCUCUACCUCCGCCCCACUGGCCCCUUAGCGCAGAAGCUUUCCGACUUCUGGCAGCAGUCAAAGCAGAUCUGCGGCAAGAACAAGGCGCACAACAUCUUCCCUCACAUCACCCUCUGCCAGUUCUUCAUGUGUGAGGACAGCAAGGUGGACGCCCUGGGGGAAGCCCUGCAGACCACCGUCAGUCGCUGGAAAUGUAAGUUCUCAGCCCCGCUGCCACUGGAGCUCUAUACCUCCUCCAACUUCAUCGGCCUCUUCGUGAAGGAAGACAGCGCAGAGGUCCUCAAGAAGUUUGCCGCCGACUUUGCUGCGGAGGCUGCCUCCAAAACCGAAGUGCACGUAGAGCCCCAUAAGAAGCAGCUGCACGUGACCCUGGCUUACCACUUCCACGCCAGCCACCUGCCCACCCUAGAGAAACUCGCCCAGAACAUCGAUGUCAAACUCGGGUGCGACUGGGUGGCGACCAUAUUCUCCCGGGAUAUCCGAUUUGCUAACCACGAGACGUUACAGGUGAUCUACCCCUACACCCCGCAGAACGACGAUGAGCUGGAGCUGGUCCCUGGGGACUUCAUCUUCAUGUCGCCCAUGGAGCAGACCAGCACCAGCGAGGGCUGGAUCUACGGCACGUCCCUAACCACAGGCUGCUCCGGACUCCUGCCUGAGAACUACAUCACCAAGGCUGACGAGUGCAGCACCUGGAUAUUUCAUGGUUCUUACUCGAUCUUAAAUACAUCAUCUUCCAACGCGCUCUCAUUUGGGGAUGGCAUCCUGGAGAGGCGGCAGUAUGACGACCAGGGCCUGGGGGACACGACGCCCCUGACCAUCAUUUGCCAGCCCACCCAGCCUCUGAGGAUCAGCAGCCAGCCUGGCCCUCAAAAGAGAUGCCUCUUUGUGUGUCGGCACGGUGAGAGGAUGGAUGUAGUUUUUGGGAAGUACUGGCUCUCCCAGUGCUUCGACGCCAAAGGUCGCUACAUACGCACUAACCUGAACAUGCCUCAUAGCUUACCUCAGCGGAGUGGUGGUUUCCGAGAUUACGAGAAAGAUGCUCCAAUCACCGUGUUUGGAUGUAUGCAAGCAAGACUCGUGGGUGAAGCCUUAUUAGAGAGUAACACCAUCAUUGACCAUGUCUAUUGCUCCCCGUCCCUGCGCUGUGUCCAGACUGCGUACAACAUCUUGAAAGGUUUACAACAAGAAAAUCACUUGAAGAUCCGCAUAGAGCCUGGUUUAUUUGAGUGGACAAAAUGGGUUGCUGGGAACACAUUACCUGCGUGGAUACCUCCAUCAGAGUUAGCUGCAGCCAACCUGAGUGUUGAUACAACCUACAGACCUCACAUUCCAGUCAGCAAAUUAGUGGUUUCAGAAUCCUAUGACACCUAUAUCAGUAGAAGUUUCCAAGUAACAAAGGAAAUAAUAAGUGAAUGUAAAAGUAAAGGAAAUAACAUCCUGAUUGUGGCCCACGCAUCUUCCCUUGAAGCGUGUACCUGCCAGCUUCAGGGCCUGUCACCUCAGAACUCCAAGGACUUUGUACAAAUGGUCCGAAAGAUCCCCUACUUGGGGUUUUGCUCCUGUGAAGAAUUAGGAGAAACUGGAAUCUGGCAGCUGACAGACCCACCAAUCCUCCCUCUUACCCAUGGACCAACUGGGGGCUUCAACUGGAGAGAGACCCUGCUGCAAGAAUAACCGCACGAGCGAACAAGAAGAAAAGACUUGAGGAAGGCUUUGGGAGAAGUGUCUUUUUGUGUACUUAGUAACAGUGGGAAAGUCUGCACCACAUCCUAAAUGGACAGCUCAGAAUAAUUUAGCAUAUGUCCUUUCAGGCUUUGACGUUCUUAGGAUGAGACCACGUCAAGGAGAGAAAGACUUGAUUCAGGGAAAAAAUUCAUUCUCCCUGGACUCUUGCCUGGCUAACAAGGCUUUCAAGAAUGGUCUUCCUAUACAGGGGCACCUGCUACAGCAGAGGAUGUUUCCUCCCUUCCAUCUGUGCUGACUAAGGAACCUGGGUCCUCCCAAAGAGAGCUGCCAGCCCACUCUGAGGAAGGGUGCAGGAAAAUCCAGCCGGAGGGACACCAAGCUGCCAGUCCGGUGAUGGGAUUUUCUUUUCUUUUUAACUCCAUGUUCCAGUUAAAACCAAGCUGCCGAAUUCUUUUAAGGUGAUUAGAAAACAUGCGGUUUCCCAUCAAUUUCUACCCACACCAGUGCUGCUGGCUCAAGCCAUCUGCUGGCGGAUUCUAACCUUCACCCUGGUACCGCCACAUCACAUUUCCUCUAGAGAAAAGCGGACUACAGCUUUUUGCUACCAUCCUACCCCCUUGCUUCUCUCUAUCUGUGAAAUGGGGAGACAGAGCAUUUUUACUCUCCAAAGCACUUUUGGAUACUCAGGAGGAAGAUAAGAUAAACGUGUGAAGUAUUCAACUGUAGGAGCAACGAACUUGCCAAAUAUAUCAAAGGAGUUACUCGUGUCACAGCCUAACGAGCCACAGGACUUCUGAAUCACCGUGAUUUGCUUGUCUUUGCCCCGAGAGUCUAGACCAUGUUAACUGGUUAAGGACGUUGACAUUUUCAGAUGUAUGUGAAAUACAUCCUUUGAGUCAGCAAGAAGCUCAUUCUUGUGCAAUAUGGACGUCGUUACAAACCAUACACCAAGGGUCAGGUCAUUGUACGCGUACAGUACUUGUCAACCAUAACAGAACACCCACAAAUGCAUCAGUUACAUCCAGGGAUGUAUUAUGAAGUCAGGGAACUAACUUAAAUGAUGACAGUCACGACUGCACUGCUGCUUGUGCUGUCGUUUUUAUUUGUUUGUUUGUUUUGCUAUGGUAAUUUAAAAGAGGUAGGUAGGGCUACUUAAGGAAAGUUGGGAGAGCCACAUCCUGUGGCAUCUUGUCACACUUGCUUCCUGAAUUUAGAGGGAGUUUAUUUAAAAGAAAAACAAAUGACAGUCAAACCAAAACAUCAGUUAUCAAUGUCUAGUUAAUUGUGUGACUAGCUGACUGUUGACGGCAGCAGACAAUGGUCUGGCAAGGUAUAGUUCACUCUGUAGAAUAUAUGUGCAAAAUGAAAGCUCAGCCAUUUAAAGAGAACAUUCAUGUAAAACAAAUCAAUAUAUAUUGUAGCAUUAAACAAGAUUCAAAACCCAAAGGAGAAAACAUAUGGGAUAUAAAAAUAGAUCUAUGCUCCUAUUUGAAACUAGAAUUUGAUGAUCCUUGAAAAGAAGAGGAAGUGAAAGGAUGCUGGCUAUGUAUGUUAAUCCGCAAGAGGAUUAUUGUUGAGUUUUUUUUUUUAAGUCACUUAGAGAAAUAUGUCAUGAAUUUUAUAUUUUAAGAAACAAAUCUUGAUUUCUUCCAGCAUUGCACAAACACUGAUCCAGCUUCUGGGUCUAGAAAUAACUCUGUGCUGACAUGAUUGAUUAAUAUAAAAGUUUUCAUCUUAAACUGGGGGAAAUACUCAUAUUAAAGGUUUUAAGAGAAAAGUCACAUUAUGGCCAAUGCAAUGUCACUGCCAGUCAUUCUUUUAUCUGUAAUUAGGUGAAUCCACUGUAAUCAGACCUAUAAUGUUUAUUAGACUCUCCACAAAUUUUCAUGGACUUUCAAUGCUCAGAAUAAUGCUCGAACAUCUCGUAUUCGAUUUCCUUAAAAACUGUAGCAGUGUGUUCUGGACAGGGUCUGUACUUGUAUAGAACAAAGUUCAGAACAAGUUAUCCCUCUCUCCUUCUCCAUGAUCUUAAGCCUUUGAUGACCUGAUAGGUUGGUUUAGCUGGGCUACGGUCCAGUGUCCUUAGUCCAAUAUGGACAAAGCCUUAGGCCAUCAUCUGUGUGAGCAAAGGAAGGCAAAGAUCUGAAAUAAUUUUCUGAAUAAUUUAGGUGGAAAACCUUGACUCAAAGAGUUUAUUCCUCUGCUUUAAUUAUCCAGAUUGUUGAUCAAAAUGGCCUGAAUGAUCUGAAUUCUCAUGAAAUUCUCUUUUCACAUUUACCUAAUUAAAAAACUAAACUUGGACUCCAGUUGAGAAAUUCUUUGGAAAUUGUGUUGAAUCUAUGUGUAAUAAAAGGAAGAGACAACUGUAUUACAUGAUUUCAUAUCCAUUUAAAAAUUCUAAAUUGCUAUUACAACUCGAAGUUCAGGCUGGUUUUUUUUUCAGCUG